AUGGACGAGAACGAAGAUCAAUGUAUGCAAGAUCAAAGAUCCAUAUGGAGGGAUCAAAAGCGACGACAGAGAAAAUCGCUCACCCCAGAACAAAUAGAUCGUCUAAAUACCAAACGAAGACUCACUUAUGCCUCUGAAAACAAAUCAAAUGCUAUAGCAUCCCCUGAGAGUCAACCCCAAAGGCCAUGUUCAGAAGGGCCUAUGAUUGUUAACAACACUCCCAACACUUUGGGAGCUCGAAGGGCUAUGGCAGACAUCACUAAUCGUGCCAAUAAUGUCACGACUGGAUGUGAAAGACGUGAACUGCAACCUAUUGAUGAACUUCGUUUACUCGAUACUCGGGCAAAUCUAGAAAAUCGAUUUUUUAGCGUCGGUGAAGGUAGGGCAACAAAUCUGACAAUAUCAUACCCAACAUCAAACUCAAGAGAUAUGCCCAAUCGAUUCUUUUGUGUUGGCGAGAGCAGUACAGCCAAUGCACGUAUACCAGACCCUACUUCAGACGAUGGAGACAUGCCGCAUUUUGUUGAGGCGGAGAAUGAAAUACGCAUUCCGGGCCUAUUAUUCAAUGUCGGUGAAUGUCAUGCAGUCGACACCAACAACAUAUCAAACCCUAUCUCUGAUGAUAUAAGGGUCUGGACAGUAGGGAGAACUGGUUACAGAAAUUGUGCAAGAAAUUACCACGAGAGUCAUGGGGUUCCUAUAUUCAGUUUGCCAUCCAUGAAAACAUGUCCACAUUUCCAGGCACGCCUUUUCCAUUGUGAAUCUACUGAACUAUGUUGCUUAAGCGGGAAGGUUAACUUACCUGAUUUUCCAUUGUCCGCUAAUAUGCUUGAUCUAUAUUCUGAUCAAUCGGAAUAUGGGAUUUAUUUUAGGCAAAAUAUUCGUAAAUACAACCACGUAUUUUCAUUCACUUCAAUGGGAGUUCAUUUAGAUGACGAACUAGCAAAUGCACGUCAAGGCGUGUACACAUUUCGUGCACAAGGUUCAAUUUACCAUCGCAUUGGAGGUUUCUUACCUUUGAAUGCAGAAUAUCGUCCCCGGUUUCUUCAACUCUACAUUUACGAUACUGAGCAUGAAAAUGAAAAUCGUGCAGCCGAGAACUCAUCAUUGCGGCUCGAAGUCAUCGACAGAAUCAAGAAUAUUUUGAAUGCUCACAAUCCUUUUGUCCACAAUCUUCGUCAUCUUGCUCAGCGUAGUGACUUAAAUGAUUGCAAAUUUGUCAUCAAAGAGCAACCUACAAAUAAACAUCAAUACUCAAUGCCGACAGCUUCCCAAGUAGCAGCAAUUGUCGUUGGCAGUGAUGACAUUUCCAACUUGAAAGAUAGGGAUAUCAUGAUAGAGUCAGUAACUGGGCAACUGAGUUAUAUCAAAGACACUGCCGGUUAUUAUGACCCAUUGCAGUAUCCUCUACUUUUUCCUUAUGGUUCUUACGGCUGGGAUUUAAACAGUCGAAGUUCCACUGGUAAAAAGUUGACAUGCCGGGAAUUCUAUGCAUACAUGUUUCAGAUGCGUCAAAAUCUUGAUUCUCUAAUCUUGAGAGGCGGCCGUCUACUCCAACAAUUUGUUGUCGAUAACUGUGUAAAAAUGCAAGCCAAUAAUUUGAGGUGGAUUGCACUCAACCAAGAUAAGAUACGUGCUGAUUUAUACAAGGGUUUAGAGGAUUCUUUACAUGCUGGAGAGCAUAACACAGAAAAUGUUGGACGACGGACCAUACUACCAUCUUCAUUCGUAGGAAGUCCAAGAGAUAUGCACCAGAGGUAUCAAGAUGCCAUGGCAUUGGUUCAUAAGUUCGGCAAGCCCGAUUUAUUUCUUACAAUGACAUGCAAUCCGUCUUGGCCAGAGAUACAAUCAGAAUUGUUGGCCGGACAAGUACCAAACGAUCGUCCAGACCUGUUGACACGGGUUUUUCAUGCUAAACUUGAAGAGUUGAAAAAGGAUGUUUUAGAAAGGGGCAUCCUCGGAACGGUUGUUGCUUAUGUAUAUGUGAUUGAAUUCCAAAAGAGGGGUCUUCCACAUGUUCAUAUGUUAUUGAUUCUUGAUCAGAAUGACAAGCUAACCACUCCGGAUGACUUUGACAAGAUUGUGAGAGCAGUAAUUCCCGAUGAACAAGUGGAACCAAAAUUGUAUAAGGCAGUUCUUAAACACAUGAUUCAUGGCCCAUGUGGUGUUCUCAACCACAAAUCCCCAUGUAUGAAACAAGGAAGUUGUAAGAAAGGAUUCCCCAAGGAAUUCUCCAAUGAUACAAAGCAAGGCAAUGACUCAUAUCCUCUUUAUCGCCGUCCACAAGAUCGUCCAGCAGUACCAUUGCGUGAAAAUUCACGAGUUCGUGUAGAUAAUCGGUGGGUAGUCCCAUAUAAUCCAUUUUUGCUCCUAAAAUAUGAUUGCCACAUAAAUAUUGAGAUAUGCAGCAGCAACAAGUGUGUCAAAUAUCUGUAUAAGUACAUCCAUAAGGGUUCAGAUAGAGUCUCUAUGGAAGUUCAUAACGGAGAUGAGAUUGCACAAUAUGUUGAUGCACGGUGGAUUUGUGCACCCGAGGCUAUGUGGAAACUUUACAAAUUUCCCAUGACUAGAAUGUGUCCUUCCGUAGACCGUUUGCAGGUUCAUUUGCCAAACAUGCAUCAAGUGAGGUUUGAAGCGAACCAACCAAUCUCAAGCGUGUUAGAGAACCCAAGAAACUCUAAGACGAUGCUCACUGAAUUUUUCAAGAUGAAUUCGAUUGAUCCAAAUGCAAGGAGAUAUCUUUAUCGAGAAUUUCCAGAGCAUUACAGGUGGUUAUCGACUUCACGUGAAUGGCAAAAGAGAAAAAGUUCACAACGGGUUUUGGGUCGAUUGUAUGUAGCUUCACCGUUGGAAGGAGAACGGUUUUAUAUGAGAAUGUUACUCAAUCACGUGAGGGGGCCUACGUCGUUUGAACAUUUAAGAACGGUCAAUGGUGUCAUACACCCAACAUUCAGGGCUGCAGCUGAAGCCCUCGGUCUAAUCGAAAAUGAUGAAAGCAUUCGUCAAUGUCUUUCAGAGGCAUGUUCGGUACGAAUGCCAACUGCAUUACGUCGAUUAUUUGCAACCAUCUUGAUAUAUUGUCAACCAACAGGAUUGCGUUCACUGUGGGAUGAGUUUUUCCCUUACAUGGUUGAGGAUUAUCCAACUUCCAACACAACAAACAAUUGUGUUUUUCUCAGUAACAAACUUUUGCAAGACUUGGAUAGGUUAUUACGACCGCUAAGAAAAAAGAUUUCUGACUACACGGAGUUACCAAGUUUACCUGAAAGUACUGAUGACAUAGACGAGCUUCCUUCUAUCAUAGAGGAGUACUUUUCUAUUCCGGUUCCAGAUGAGGAUUUAGCAUGUGUUGCCACUCUCAAUAGUGACCAACAAAUUGCAUACGAUACAAUAAUGAAUGCUGUCAUUUCAAAGGCUGGUUGUUCUUUCUUUGUUGAUGGUCCUGGCGGCACCGGAAAAACAUUUUUAUACAGAGCCCUUCUUGCUACUGUAAAAAGUAGAGGCGAAAUAGCUAUUCCCACUGCAACAUCUGGAAUUGCAGCAACGUUGUUGCACCAGGGAAGAACAUCACAUUCAACUUUUCAGCUUCCACUUAAUCCAGAUAGCUCAUCAACUUUCUCAUUCACCAAACGUUCUAAAACUGCAAUUCUCCUAAAAAAUUCUUCCAUUAUCGUAUGGGAUGAGGCCCCAAUGACACACAGAUAUCAAUUUGAAGCUGUUGAUCGGUCACUCAAGUAUUUAAUGGGGAACGAUUUGCCGUUUGGGGGGAAAAUUAUUGUGUUCGGUGGUGAUUUCAGACAGGUUUUACCGGUGGUUCGAAAUGGAACUAGAGCUCAAAUGAUUGAUGCAUCUUUUGUCAGGUCCCCUAUGUGGAGACACAUUCGUAUUUUGCAUUUGAGAGAAAAUAUGAGAUCAAUUGAUGAUAACGGCUUUGCUAAUUUCUUACUCUCUGUUGGGAACGGUAAUGAACCUACUGUUUCAGAUCAGAUGAUAAGGUUACCGACUGGCAUGAUUAUACCAACAGUGGCAGAUAGUUCGAUCGAGGCUUUGAUCGACCAGGUCUUUCCAAGUUUAAGUGAGCACGUUGGUCACUACAACAAAAAUGGGUUUUAA